AUGAGUUUAGUAUCAAACAUUGAUUCGUGCAAAAAUGACAUUGCGUUUUAUUUACCACACCAUGCAGUAGUUAACGAGAACAAAGUAACAACUAAGUUACGAGUAGUGUUCGAUGGAAGCGCGAAAACAAACACAGGUUUAAGCUUGAACACUCUACUGCACGUCGGUCCAUCUCUUCAGCAAGAAUUAUUCUUGAUUUUAGUACGUUUUCGAACUUACCAGUAUGUAGUAUCCGCAGAUAUUUCUAAAAUGUAUCGCCAAAUUGAAAUACACCCCGAUGAUCGCAAAUAUCAACAAAUAUUAUGGCGGGAAGAUUGCAACAAUUCUUUGCAAACCUAUCAAUUAAACACCGUCACGUACGGUACAACCUCGGCACCAUACCUCGCGAUACGUUGCCUUAAACAAUUAGGUUUAGAAGCUACUGAGAUGCCGUGCGCUCAAAGAGCAAUUCUCGAAGAUUUUUACGUUGAUGACUUGCUUACGGGCGCUGAUACCAUUGAAGAAAUGUUACAAUUACGAAACGAAAUUGAUCGCAUAUUAAGAAAUGGAUGCUUCCAUUUAGCAAAAUGGGCUUCCAACGAUAAACGGUUGAUCCCCGAAUUCCAAAUGAACGAAUCUAAUGACGUAAAUUUCGAUAGACAAUGUGAAAGCAAAAUUUUAGGGCUCUUAUGGAAUACCGAGAAAGAUAUUUUAAAAUAUUCAAAUAAUUAUCAAGUAACGAAUAAUAAAGUAACAAAGAGAGUAAUAUUAUCUAAUAUUUCCAAAAUUUAUGAUCCUUUGGGAUUAGUGGGUCCAAUAAUUGUUACCAUUAAAAUAUUAUUACAAACUUUAUGGCAAUUGCAAAUCGGGUGGGAUGAGUCAGUACCCUUGAACGUUUUUACUAUUUGGCAACAAUUUUGCAAAGAUUUGCCAACGAUCUCCACGUAUUCAAUACCGAGACGAGUAGUGGGAUCACCUAGGUUCUCAACAUUUGAGAUUCAUGGGUUUUGCGAUGCUUCUCAAAGGGCAUACGGCGCCUGCAUUUAUAUUAAAACCGUUUCCAACAAUUCUCUAAUAAGUAGCCAUUUAUUAUGCUCAAAAUCGAAAGUUGCGCCUAUAAAAACGAUAAGCAUCCCUAGGCUUGAACUAUGCGCAGCGCUACUUCUAACACGUUUAAUGAAUAAAAUUAUCCCAGUUGUAAAUAUAAAACCCAAUAAAAUAUCACUUUACUCUGAUUCAACUAUUGUGUUGGCAUGGUUAAAAAUUGAACCCUCGAAACUAAAAACCUUUGUUGCAAACCGCGUAUCGAUUAUUCAAACAAAUACUGAUGCUAAUAUGUGGAAUCACGUUUCGACUAACGAAAACCCGGCAGACAUAAUUUCACGUGGCACUCUUCCAAGCGAAUUGGCGAAUCUUGAUAUGUGGUGGCAUGGGCCACAAUUCCUAAUGACGUUAAAGUAUGAAACUCCAGUACAACCUAAUACUAAUGAAAUAUCAGAAAUACCUGAUUUAAAGUCAACGCAAACAAAAUGUUUUUUAAGCAACACGACGUUAAUGUUACCAGUCUUCGACAAAAUUUCAUCAUUUAGACGUUUAUGUCACAUUAUUGCAUAUUACGAAAAUGGUUUGUUAAGAGUGGGGGGACGAUUGCGUCAUUCGAGUUUAUCAUUCGACACCAAGCAUCAAGUUAUUUUGCCAAAACAUAAAUUAACAGCGGCUUUGAUUCGCGAUGAACAUACUCGAUUAUUACAUUCAGGACAACUAACUACUUUAAAUUCCCUUAGACAGAGAUAUUGGCCUAUUGCAGGUAGAGAUCAAAUCAAAAAAGUUUUGAGACAAUGCAUAAAAUGCUAUAAAGUAAAUCCCAUCGCAUCCGAACAAAUUAUGGGUAAUUUACCAUUUGACCGCGUUUCUGCUGCUAGACCAUUUAUUCAUUGUGGAGUGGACUAUGCUGGUCCCUUAUCGUUAAAAGAAGGCAGAGGUCGCGGAAAAAGGUUAAUUAAAGGCUAUAUUUCGCUAUUCAUUUGCUUAGCCACCAAAGCGGUGCAUCUAGAAUUAGUUGGAGAUAUGACUACUGACUCGUUUCUGGGAGCAGUUAAACGAUUAAUCUCUCGCAGAGGUCAUGUAACUGAUUUUUACUCGGAUAAUGGCACGAACUUUGUUGGAGCUGAUCGUGAGUUUCAAAAACUUAUGCGCUCAGAAUCAUUAAAAAAUAAAUUGAAUGUAACGGCCCAAAAUAUUAAUUGGCAUUUUAUACCGCCCAGAGCACCUCAUCAUGGAGGACUUUGGGAAGCUAGUAUUAAAUUAAUCAAACACAAUUUAAAACGCGUUGUAGGCAACGCCAAUCUUACUUUUGAGGAGAUGUACACUGUGUUAACGGGUAUUGAAGCGUGUAUAAAUUCCCGACCUAUAACUCCCAUAAGUAACGAUCCUCACGACCUCACCGCCUUAUCCCCCAGUCACUUCCUAAUUGGAGACAUACUAGUUGCUCCCAUCGAAUCUGACGUUACGACAUUAAAAAUUAACACACUCUCCCGGUGGCAAUUGGUUGACCAAAUCAAGCAACAUUACUGGAGGCGCUGGCAACGAGAAUAUUUACAUCACUUACAACAGCGAACGAAAUGGAAAUGCUCCAAAGCAGAUAUUGUAAUAGGAGACAUGGUGCUCAUAAAAGAAGAAAACCUGCCUCCACUCCAAUGGUCAUAUGGACGCGUCUUAGAUAUUCACCGUGGUAGUGAUGAAAAAGUGCGCGUAGUUAUUAUCAAAACGAAAGGUGGUGUAAUGAAACGUCCUAUUACUAAGAUAUGUGUAUUACCAAUAGACAAUCACUAA